ACUGCUUGUCCACCUCGAGCCCCAGAAGCCACCAUAACUCCCUGCUGGCCCCUGCCCUAGGGAAUGCAGCCUGUAGCCGCAUUCUCUUACACUGGAGCGGGGCCUGCCCUAUCCAUGAAAUGUUGCAGGGGUACAGGGUGAUCUCCAUGAAAGCAAGACUGUGACAACAUCAUAUAGCCAGAAGACUGCGAACUACAGAGGGACUGUGAGACAGUUCAACAGCCUCUAGAUUGCCAUGGCAACUGGACAGAAGUUGAUGAGGGCUAUUCGAGUGUUUGAAUUUGGUGGACCAGAGGUGCUGAAGCUCCAGGACGUGGUAGUUCCUGUCCCACAGAGCCAUCAGGUCCUAAUCAAAGUCCACGCCUGCGGUGUCAACCCAGUGGAGACAUACAUUCGCUCUGGGACUUACAGUCGAAAACCUUCCUUACCCUACACUCCGGGCUCCGAUGUGGCUGGGAUUGUAGAAUCUGUUGGAGACAAUGUGUCUGCUUUCAAGAAAGGCGACAGGGUGUUCUGCUACAGCACACUCUCUGGUGGCUACGCAGAAUUUGCUCUUGCAGCGGAUCACACUAUCUACCCGCUGCCCAAGACGCUGGACUUCAGGCAGGGGGCUGCCCUGGGGAUCCCGUACUUCACAGCCUGCCGAGCUCUGUUCCACAGUGCCCGUGCUCGAGCUGGGGAAAGCGUUCUGGUUCAUGGGGCCAGCGGAGGAGUUGGAUUAGCUACAUGCCAGAUUGCCAGAGCCCAUGGCUUAAAGGUUUUGGGCACAGCUGGUUCUGAGGAAGGAAAAAAGCUUGUUCUGCAAAACGGAGCCCACGAAGUGUUUAAUCACAAAGAAGCCAACUAUAUUGAUAAAAUCAAGACGUCUGUUGGUGGUGACAAGAACAAGGGGGUUGAUGUGAUCAUUGAGAUGCUGGCGAAUGAGAACCUGAGCAAUGAUCUGAAGCUUCUGUCCUGCGGAGGACGGGUCAUCAUUGUUGGCUGUAGAGGUUCCAUUGAGAUAAACCCAAGGGACACCAUGGCCAAAGAGACAAGUAUAAUUGGAGUCUCCCUCUUUUCAACCACCAAGGAGGAAUUUCAGCAAUUUGCAGGCAUCCUCCAGGAAGGGAUGGAAAAAGAUUGGGUGAAACCUGUGAUAGGUUCUGAGUAUCCUCUGGAGAAGGCGGCCCAGGCCCAUGAAGAUAUCAUCCAUGGCAGUGGGAAGACCGGGAAAAUGAUUCUCCUCUUAUGAGGCCUGUGUCACCUUCGUCCCCAAGUCUCUGCUGCCCUGUCAUCAAUCAGGGUUCAUUUGAUUGAGGCUCACGUAUUAAAAACACGGCUUUAGGGAGUAGACACCGUGGAGUGACUAGAGCGGGUUGCCCAGUGGGGUCUUUGCACGCAUCGAAAAACUCUCUUGUUCCUUCUUCUUUGUUUUCUUUGUUUGGUUGGAUGUUUUUGUUUUGUUCUUGAGACAGGAUCUUUCUCUGUAGUUCAUGCUGGCCUUGAACUCACAGAGAGUGAUCUUUCUGCCUCGGCUUCUAAGUGCUGGGAUAAGUCAUGCAGUACCGCACACAGCUUCAUCUCAGACCUUCUUAUCUGAUUCAUUUCAUACCUUUGAAUAAAAUGUACAAAUUCAAAAUAGUCCUUUACCGAUUGCCCUGGGCUUCCAAGCCUGCUCUUCUUUAGGGAGUCACCUGUCCCCUCAGUCAUGCCUGUCUUGGCCUUGAAGAUUUUCUGGGCUGAAAAACAUCCUUUUAAAACUAAUGUCAUCUCAGUCUGUAAGCCUCUGGGAAGGGCGAAAAUGAGCAACACCCGGAAAACCUACCAGUCAGUUUUCCUAACAUUUCUGAGGUAUCAGAAUGCUUACUGCAUGCCGGUCACCAGCCACCCGUACUCUGGGAGGUCAGCAGCCUUAUCCUGGGUCUGUGGUAUUCAGUAGGUCACCCAUUACAUGCUUCAUGGUCGUUUAUAGUUUUCUAUAUGUGUGACAUGAGUCUCAUAGUUUUACUUAAAAUUGUAAGUUCACAAAUUUAACACAUUAAGAACUGUCUGCUUUGGUUCUCAUGAUAUCUUAACCUGGAAUAAAUUCUGUAGAACAGUGAA